GAACUCAGCUGGCUGCUGUGAGGAGGAGGAAGAGUCAGUGCUUGGAGGAGAUGCCUGCAAGAAACAUCAAGGAGGGUGAACGGCAGACUUCAGACUUCAGCUGCAACACUGCAAACCCUCUGAAACCUCCUUGGAUUUAGACAAGACGAGAACUGAAGUGUCAAUUAAAGUGUCAAGAGGAUGUGUAUGCUCGCCAAUGAACUACAUUAAAGUACUUUCUGUAUCAUUCAGUGUAAUAAAAUGCUGGUUUCAUCUAAGUGACAGUUUUUCACAGACUGGUUUUUGUGGAGCCAAUUGCAACGCGAAGAUGAAAUUUACUACUUGCACAUUUUGUUCCGCUCCAUGUCUUUAAAAAAACAUCAGUUUGAACUGAAGAAACUUGAAGAGGUGUUGUGAGGAAACAAAUAUUUUCUGCUUGCUGGUGGACACCAAAUUCAAGACUUUUCUUGCUAGUGAACAUGCAUGCAACCUGACUAUUUCUACUUGACUGUGUGGGGCAAUAUAUGGAAUGAAGUCAUGUCAUCCACAGGCAAUGGCUCUGAUAUUGAAGAAUUUUUGGUCACCAUUAACCUUGCACAGUAUCUUCCUAACUUUAAAAAAUAUGGCUACACCACAGUGACAGAUUGCGUGGGAAUCAAUAACAGUGUGCUUCAGCAAAUGGGAGUGUUGCCUACAGGACAUCGCAGAAGAAUUCUUAAGCAGUUAGACAAUCUUUUGGAAAUGCAAGGAAAUUCUUUUUUCCAUGAAAAUUUAAAACUCAAAGACUUGAAAGGUUUGGAAGAGAAGCAAUAUUCAUCAUCUGAUCAGGAGUCUCCUGUAAGCAAUUCAGGUGUAGAUCAGACUGGCUUGAAAUCUGUAACAUCAUCAGAACAACUCCUUAAAAAAUCUUACAUCAAUAAGGAAAAGUUUGAACUUGCAGAGCAAAACUCAAUGGAGACAAAUGAUGAUAACUUUACAGAUUUGGAUUUUUCUAGUUUAUACCAGAAUUCAGACAGCAUACUAAAAGCUGUCAGUCAAAAUAGAAAUCCUGACAUGAAUAAUCAGCAGGAUGCAUCACUGACAGAAGCUGCUGCAUACCAAGCUGAUGAGCCCUUGAUUGGCCCUUUGGUCUUCCGUGAUCCUCCUUCAUUUGUUCGUUCAUGUGAGACAAAAUGCAAGGAAAACAAACAGCAGAGGUUUGCAGAUGAGGGUGAUUUAUCUAAUAGAAAACCAGGUUCUUCAUUCUAUAAGUUUAAAGGAAAAAUGAUAGACAAUGACUUAUAUGAUUCCUGUGCGCUGAACUGCAUGAAAGUAUUUCCAAGAGCAACCCGAUCUUUUAUCUUAAGGCAUCGACCUGUACCAGAAAUUCCCGAGUCAAGUAAAGUUCAACCUUCAUCAAGUUCCCUUCAGAGAAGAAGAAAUAUGGGCCUUGUAAAUAUUUCUUGCACUGGGAGGCAAAUUUCACAAAACAAUACUUCCAUGGAAGAAAAGCCACCCAUUAUCUCUCCAUAUGGGGAAACCUUCAUUUGUGACAACGCUAAAGAUGCUAAAGAACUUCAUGGAAAUGAUUUCCUGGCUUGUGAAAAUAAAUUGGAUCUAGGAAUGAAUGAAGAAUAUUCUUCUAAGAAUCUAUGUUACUUGAGUAAUCAGAAGGAGAGGACAAAAGAAAUUGCAAAAAAUGAAUCCUUGUCUCAGGAAGACCCAUCAUUAACACCAGAAGAAUCUGAAAGUGAAUCUGUAUAUUCUACUGUGGAACAACAUACUUUGUCUUUAAAAAGAAGGAAAAAUAAAACCAAAACACACUCAGCAUCUUGCAGUAAGAUACAAAGUGGAGAUUCUGAUCGCUUGGCCAGUGAGCAAAUGAAUUCUUGGCAAUUCGGUGGAGAUCAGACUUUGAUUGGAAAUGAAUCAAUAACACCGUAUGCUUGCUUUUAUGGACCAUCAGUAAAGAAGGUUAAAGCAGGAUGGCUGGAUAAAUUAUCCCCUCAAGGCAAACGUGUGUUUCAGAAGCGCUGGGUUAAAUUUGAUGGAGAGAGCAUUUCUUAUUACAACAAUGAAAAGGAAGUGUUCUCAAAAGGAAUAAUACUGCUCUCUGCAAUAGCAACAGUAAGAGCUCAUGGGGAGAAUAAGUUUGAAGUUGUCACAUCCCAUAGGACUUUUGUUUUCCGUGUGGAUAAGGAAGAAGAAAGAAAUGACUGGGUUAAUACGAUGCUCGAUGCCUUGAAAUUGAUGUCUGAUAAUAACUCUCAGUCUCGAACUUCUGUCACCCCUGAGAAAAGUGGAUAUCUUGAGCUGAAAGGAUACAAAACCAAAAUCUUUAUUCUACUUCAGGGGAGUACUGUAUGGAUCUGCAAAAAUGAGCAGGACUUUAAGACAGGAUUUGGUAUCACUUUAAUCCCUAUGAAUGUGGCAAAUGUAAAACAAGUGGAUCGGGCUGCAAAGCAAUCUUUUGAAAUAAUUACUCCUUAUAAAAGCUUUAGCUUUACAGCAGAGUCAGAAAGAGAGAAACAAGACUGGAUUGAAGCACUCCAGCAAUCAAUAGCAGAAACUCUAUCUGAUUAUGAAGUAGCUGAGAAGAUUUGGUUCAAUGAGUCCAACAGGAGCUGCGCUGACUGUAAAGCUCCCGGUCCUGACUGGGCAUCCAUCAAUCUCUGUGUUGUCAUUUGUAAGAAGUGUGCAGGACAACACAGGUCUUUAGGACCAAGAGAUUCCAAGGUCCGGAGUCUAAAAAUGGAUGCAAGCAUUUGGAGCAAUGAACUUAUUGAGAUCUUUAUCGUCAUUGGAAAUAAGAGGGCAAACAGUUUUUGGGCUGGAAAUCUUCCUCCAGAUGAAGAAUUGCAUAUUGAUGACCCUGCAGAAAAAAGAUUAGCAUUCAUUACACAAAAAUACAAAGAGGGAAAAUUCAGGAAAACACCCUUCCACUACAAAACCAAGGAACAGUUGAAUAAGGCCCUGUGUGCUGCUGUAGUCAAGCAAGAUGUGCUCGAAACUCUGAUGUUGCUCUUCAGUGGGGCUGAUGCCAUGUGUGCCACUGGAGACCCUGUUAACAGCACCCCAUACUUACUGGCCAAGAAAGCUGGGCAAAGACUGCAGAUGGAAUUCCUGUACCAUAAUAAGUUCUCAGAUUUCCCAAACUGUGAUCCUUGUUGUGAAAGUGGCUUCUCUGAAGAUUCUUCACAUUCCACCUUUCUUUGUGAAUUCUUGUACCAAGUUUCUUCUAAUGCGGCUAAGCUUCCUUCAGAGAAGAAAUUAAAAGAAGAUUGCAACAAAAGAUGGUGCACUUUGGAAAGUGGCUUUCUGAGCUACUAUGAAAAUGAUAAAACUACCACUCCUAAUGGUAUGAUUGACGUCAAUGAAGUUAUCUGUCUUGUAGUACACAAGUCAGACUUCUUUUUAAACAGAGGGGACAUCUUUACAUUUGAAAUACACUUACUGUCAGAGCGUGUUUUUCUGUUUGGAGCUGAAACUGCACAUUCACAAAGAAAAUGGACUUCAGCAAUAGCUAAGCAUUUUGUUCCCCCGGUGGCAGAAUCAUUGUUAGAGCGGGACUGUGACCUUAUCGGGCAGCUGUACUACAAAGAUUGCCACAGCCUGGAUCAGUGGAGAAAAGGCUGGUUUGCUAUAGAGAAGUCGAGCCUUUAUUUUUGUCUUGAAAUGGAGGAUGCUGAAGAAGAUUCCAUAUAUCUAAGGAGGUUGCAAGAACUAACAACCAGCAGUGUGAUGCAAAAUGGAGAGAGAAUAGAUGUCCUGCUGCUCGUUGAAAAAGGAAGAACACUAUACAUCCAUGGCCAUACAAAGCAGGAUUUCAUGGUCUGGUAUACUGCAAUUGAAAAAGCAGCAGGUACAGAUGGUAAUGCACUACAAGAUCAGCAGCUCAGCAAAAAUGAUGUCCCUAUUAUAGUGAACAGCUGCAUAGCGUUUGUUACACAGUAUGGUUUAGGUAGCAAACAAAUCUAUCUUAAGAAUGGUGAUUCGUCCAAUGUGGCUGAACUGCUGGAAAGCUUCAAAAAAGAUGCAAGAAGUGUUAAACUAAGAGCAGGAAAACAUCAACUUGAAGAUGUGACAGAUGUACUGAAAAGUUUUCUUUCUCAAAUAGAUGAUGCACUUCUGACUAAAGAACUUUAUCCAUUCUGGAUCUCUGCAUUAGAUACGCAGAAUGAAAAGGAGCGUGUGAGGAAGUACAGAGCUUUUAUUCAGAGUCUUCCGCCAAUCAAUAGAGCAACUUUGGCUGCUUUAAUUGAACAUCUUUACAGAGUGCAGAAGUGUUCUGAAAUUAACCACAUGAACCCUCAGAAUUUAGCCGUGGUGUUUUCCUCAUGCUUAUUUCAAACUAAAGGCCAAACCAGUGAAGAAGUCAAUGUAAUUGAAGAUCUAAUUAAAAAUUAUGUGCAACUUUUUCAUAUAAAUGAAGACCAAGUCAAACAAAUGGACAUAGAAAACAGUUUUAUUACCAAAUGGAAAGACACUCAGGUUUCCCAGGCUGGAGAUUUGCUUAUUGAAGUUUAUGUGGAAAGAAAGGAGCCAGACUGCAGUAUUAUAAUCAGGGUAUCACCUUUGAUGGAAGCAGAGGAAUUAACUAAUGAUGUUUUAGGAAUCAAAAACAUUAUUCCCAGCAAAGAUGAUAUCUGGGCUGCUUUUGAAGUACUUGAAAAUGGAGAAUUAGAACGUCCUCUGCAUUAUACAGAGAAUGUACUAGAACAAGUUCUUCACUGGAGUUCACUACCAGAGCCUGGCGCUGCAUAUCUAAUAAUAAAGAGAUUUCUAACAACAGACAUGGUGAAUCUCUACAGUGAGAAAAAUGAGAAAGGUACUGUGAAAGCAGGCAAUCUGAAGUACAAGGAAGAGCCAUCAAAACUACUGUCUGGAAACAAAUUCCAAGACCGUUACUUUGUGUUGCGGGAAGGAAACUUGUUUCUCUAUAAGGAUAUGAAGGCUAGCAAACCUGAAAAAGUGUUGCCUGUCAGUUCUCUGAAGCUUUAUCUUGGAGUGAAAAAGAAAAUGAAGCCACCAACAAACUGGGGACUUGCAGUAUUUUCUGAAAAACACCAGUGGUAUAUAUGUUGUGAUGGACAAGAUGUGCAGAUGGAGUGGAUGAUCAGCAUUUUUAUGGCACAGCAUGCAGAUAUAUGGCCACCUGCUGGGAAAGCAAGAAAACAAUCCAUAACUAAAAGUCCAAAGAUCAGAGGCUUACCACUAAUUCCCAUUCAUCAGGAGAAGAACACUUGUAAAAUCAGAGGGAAUACAGAGAAUAUAGAACUACAAGCUGGAAAAUCAAGAUUUGGUGAACAUCAUGAUAAUGAAUUUCUGGAAGAAAGACAAAACUUGAAAGAAAAAGCAUCUAUUGUGGCACAGUGUUUGGAAAGAAAAGAGGAGAAAGGGCGAAAUCAUGCUAAAACACAUCGAAACUUGAUUUCUGUGGAUGAUGCAGGCUCAGGGAUGACUGAAUUACACCAAAUACCACAUAAGACAUUGAGGAAAAAUAAAAAAAAAACAAACAAAACUACUUUGGAACUAGAUAGUAAAUUGCCAUCAGAUGUGAUUCAAGAACUAAAUACAGUGCUGCAGAAGAACAGAGCACUUCAUGAAGCCUCCAGCUGAUUUCCUGAGCCCGAAGUGUAAUACUUAUAUGUAUAUUCUUGUGUUAUACAUGUAUAUAUAUAUAUAUUUGUGUAUUUUCUGUUCAAAAUAGUCUGCUUUGAUGUGUCUAGUUUGUACAGUGCAGAGGAAAUAAGGAAAUAUAAUUUGUUUAUAUGCAGCUAUUGAUUUUA